GCCUCCAAGGAUAUCGUGUGCGAGCCAAUUACAGUGCCUAUGUGCAAAGGCAUUGGGUACAACCUCACCUAUAUGCCCAAUCAGUUAAACCAUGACACUCAAGAAGAAGUGGGACUUGAAGUGCACCAGUUCUGGCCUCUAGUCCGAAUACACUGCUCACCUGACUUGCUGUUCUUUCUCUGUAGCAUGUACACCCCUAUUUGUCUGCUGGAUUAUAAGAAACCCCUACCACCUUGUCGUUCUGUUUGUGAAAGGGCUAAACGAGGUUGCUCUCCUCUAAUGAGCCAGUAUGGCUUUGAGUGGCCAGAGAGGAUGAACUGUGAGCAGCUGCCGCAGCUGGGGGAUGAGACCCUUUGUAUGGACGAGAACAACAGUGAUACCACAACGUUUUCACCUCCUUUUCCAAAGCCCACACCAAAGGGCAGAACCAGGCCAUCAAGCCCCCCUCAGUGUGACAGGGAAUGUCGCUGUCAAGAUCCUCUCAUUCCAGUCAAGAGUGAAUACUAUACCUUGUACAGCAGGAUCCAAACAGGUCCUCUUUCCAACUGUGCCCAGCCCUGCCACCUGCCUUAUUUCUCAGCUGAUGAGCAAGCAUUCAUUAACUUCUGGGUGGGACUGUGGUCAGUGCUGUGCUUCAUCUCCACCUUUACCACCGUCGCUACUUUCUUUAUUGACAUGGAGCGCUUCAAGUACCCCGAGCGACCCAUCAUCUUUUUAUCUACCUGCUACCUCUUUGUGUCCCUGGGUUAUAUAAUCAGGCUGGUGGCAGGUCAUGAACAGGUGGCAUGUAGCUCAAGCGGCAGCAUUGGCAGUGAGCAGCUCCACAUCCUCUAUGACACAACUGGCCCUGCCCUCUGCACACUGGUCUUCCUAUUGAUUUAUUUCUUUGGCAUGGCCAGCUCAAUUUGGUGGGUUGUACUGUCAUUCACCUGGUUUCUGGCAGCGGGCAUGAAGUGGGGCAGUGAGGCCAUAGAAGGCUACUCCCAGUACUUUCACCUGGCUGCCUGGCUCAUUCCUAGUGCUAAGUCCAUUGCUGUUCUGGCCCUCAGUUCCGUGGAUGGGGACCCUGUGGCUGGAAUCUGCUAUGUGGGGAAUCAAAACCUGGAGAAUCUUAGGGGAUUUGUACUUGCUCCUCUAGUGGUUUACCUCUUCACUGGGUCUCUUUUCCUCCUUGCUGGCUUUGUUUCUCUCUUCCGCAUCAGGAGUGUUAUCAAACAGGGUGGUACCAAAACAGACAAACUAGAGAGGCUAAUGAUCCGAAUUGGGCUAUUCACCGUUCUCUACACAGUGCCUGCUACCAUUGUGGUGGCAUGCCUAGUUUAUGAGCAACACUACCGGCCUGGCUGGGAACAAGCCUUAGCCUGCUCCUGCGUGUUGGAACAUCGGCGAUUGGGAAUGGGCCCAGACUAUGCUGUCUUCAUGCUUAAGUACUUCAUGUGCUUAGUGGUGGGCAUUACCUCAGGUGUGUGGAUAUGGUCAGGCAAGACAGUGGUGUCCUGGCGAAGGUUUGCAGCUCGCAGCCCCUGCUGGUUGCAGAAAGCCACUGUGCCUCCCUCCAUGUACAGCGAGGCCAGUACUGUUCUAACUGCUCACACUGGCCCUUUACUGGCACCAGGCAUGUACCACAAACAUGCUCCUCUCUCCCAUAUAUGA